AUGGAAAGAAAAGAGCAAACAAUCUCAAAUACUUAUAAAGAAUCAACUCGUGGUGCAUCAAAGUAUCGCCGUGAUCAAAUUAAUUUGGAAAUUCAAAAAAUGCGUGAUCUUCUCCCGUUAACGGAUUCGAUGAAAAAACGGCUCUUUCAGCUACAAGUAAUGUCACUUACCUGCAUAUAUAUCAGGAAACAAAAUUAUCUGCCACAUGUAAUUGGAACAAAUAUACAAACAUCAUUCAGAUCAGCGUUAAGACAAUCGGAAGGUUUUCGAGCUUUACGAGGCUUCUUGUUGAUGAUGACAAAGUAUGGCAAAAUUGUUUACAUAUCUGACAAUGCAAGCGACUAUCUUGGUCAUUCCGUGGCAGAAAUAAUGUGCCAAGGUGAUUCGGUGUACGACCUAGUUGAUCAUCGUGAUCAUGGACGUAUACAAGCAGAACUUAUGUCUGGUCCUCCAUCAGUUUCAGAACAAAAUUUUUUUUCCAAUGAAAAAGUUUUCAUUUGUCGAAUGAAUCUAUCGCGAACCACAAAACGACAACUUCAAUAUCACAAAUACACCUUAAUGGAAGGUCGUUAUCUUCAUGCUAAUGAUUAUUACAAUACAAAUCAGUCAUUAUUGCCUUCAUUAUCCCAUAUUCAACCAUUAUUUGCCGCAUACUGUGAAAUGCUUAUCAAUCCGGAAAAUGUUGAGAUGUUGUCAGCCGGAAAUACAUCAAUCUUUAGCACCGUACAUUCAAUGGACUUAAAAUUUGUGCAUAUCGAUCAUAUGACUGUAUACUACUUGGGUUAUAAAAAUGAAGAAUUGAUUGACAAAUCAUGGUAUCAAUUUUUACAUCCCGAUCAUCUAUUUGAAGUUGCUUAUAAGCAUCGUAUCUAUGGUGCUUUAAUGUGCUUAUUACGCUUACAAACAAAAGAUGGCCCAUGGCUUUGGUUACAUACUGUAUUUACUAUAAAGAAUAAUUUAUGCUAUCGACCAGAAUAUGGAAAACAAAUGCGACAUCUCAUUUGUAUUACUUAUCAAGUUUUGAAUGAAAUAGAAGCGCUUUCAUUGCAAGAUAAUUUAUGGAUUUACGGAACCCGAAAUGAAUUAAUGAUAGCAUCGUUUGAUCAUAUCAUAAAUGCUCAUGAAAAUAGUUGCAACAAGGAAGUACAAAUAUCAAAGCAAUAUGUUCCACCGACAAUUGCCUCAUUGUUGACCAUCAAAAAAGAGCCAUUACCUGUCGAUAGCAAUGAAUUAAAUCAUUUUGGAGAAAAUUUCAAAGAAUUAAAUAAGAACGAAUCAAGGAUUGCUGAUUUCGAUUUUGGUAAUGAUGAUGAAAGUAGUGAGUUAGAAGCUUUACCGGAAUUAUGCUUGGAACGAAACAUUAAAGGACCGUUACCUGAUCUUAGCGGAGAUCUGGAUGAAUUUUUUGAAGAAAUGGAACAUACCAAAAUGCAAUCUAUUCAUCCUACAACAAUGAUCAAUUUGCCGGAAAAUGUGAAAUGUAUUAGCGAUCAAUUAUCACCUACAUUACCAUUCGAUACUUCUUUAGGACCAUGCAAUUGUAAAAUGCCCACAAUAGCAAAACUUUUGCAAGGACAUUUUGAUGAUGAAGAUAGCUAUGAAAGUAUUCGAAAACAAACGCAAACGGAUGGAUACGUGCAACUGACGGAUAAUUUGGAUGUGCAGCUAAUUACAUAA